AUGUAUAACCAGCUGGCAGAGAGCGGAGAAUUCCCCAAGAACUGGAAGAAAUCAAGGCUGGUGCUAUUAAGGAAAGGAAAUAAGCCCAUAGAAAAUCCUAGUUCAUACAGGCCAAUAUGUCUCCCGGACGUUGAAGGAAAGCUCUUUGAGCAGCUUAUAUUAAUUUGGCUUAAAGAGGAAAUACUGAGGACUGGAGGCCUAGCGGUAAACCAGUAUGGUUUCAGAGAGGGACGGAAAACAGUCGAUACCAUUAAAGAAGUGGUGACCAGCGCAGAGCAGUCAGCUGCGUUUUCAAACGUAUGCUGGCAGAAUAUCUUUGAUAACCUGAGGAAAAGAGGUAUAGAUGAAAGCCUUAUAAACUUAGUAGCCUCUUACCUCUCAGAACGCGAGGUAAUAAUCGAGGUAUGGCUGAGGACCAGGACGCUGAUUUUGGUGCCAGAAAAGACGGAGGCUGUCAUCUUGACUAGAAAACGGAAGGUAGGCCUAAUCAACUUCCAGUUGCAGGAUAUCGUGAUAAGACCGAGCGAAGCUAUCAAAUAUCUUGGAGUAUGGCUCGACACAAAGGGUACGUACAGUGAGCAUUUGGACCGAACAGUAGAAAAAGCAGAGAAGAACAUGACAGCACUCACUGGUCUCAUGCCGAAUAUCGGGGGACCAAGGCCAUCAAAGAGACACAUUCUGGUGAGCGUGGUUCAAUCUCAGCUGUUGUACGCGGCGCCAAUCUGGCACAAGGCAUUAAGAAAGAGGCACCUUAGACGAAAGCUGGAAAGAGUACAGAAACUAGCCGGCAUUAGAGUGGCUAGCGCGUAUCGCACGGUCUCAACAGAAGGGAUAGGAGUGAUAGCUGAAAUACCACCUAUAGAGCUACUGGCGCAGGAAAGAUUUGCGAACAUACGAAGAAAGACCGCAGAGUGA